AUGGUCAAGAUACAGCUUCUCUACUCGCUGGCCUUUGUUGCCUCAACUCUUGCUGCACCCUCGGGUGUUUUAAGCUCCCUCUUUUCGUCUCUCGAUAAGCGAGCUUGCACCAAUCCUUCAAACAUGCUCCAGAACCCCGGCUUCGAGUCAAAAUCUAUCAAACCAUGGGUCUAUGCUCCGUACUAUCCGAAGCUCACUAGCCAGAAGCUUGUGACUCCUGGAUACAAGAGCGACAAGGCUCUCCAGAUCGCUGGCAUUGCCACGACACAGAAUGAAUAUGGCUACAGCACACUUAAGCAGAACUUUACCAACUGCAAGUUUGGAAAGUACCAGCUGUCAUGGUCCAUGUACCUCCCCAAGGGUGCAGCUCAAGGUCUGGAUCCCCGUAUACCUGGUAUGAACAUCUGGGUCUACGAUCCCGCUGGCCAAGGACAAGUAGGAACACUGGCCUUUGGACCCAAUUCGUUCAACAGUUCACUUGGCUAUCCUGUGAAGCAAGGAACACACAAGGCAAAUCAGUAG